CCACAAACUGUAAGCUGUGUUUCCACAGAGAGGCUCCACAAUAGUUACUGCUCAUCAUUCAUUCUUUAUCUCAUCAAAGAGACAGUAUUAGGAACGGGAGAGCAGCUGAGAGGCAGCUGUUAAAGGAUCAGCCAUGCUUGGAGGCAUCCACUCAUAUUUGUUGGUCACAGUGACUUUACUCUUUUUAACUCAGACAGGGAUUCAAUGCAGGGCUGAAAAUGACAUGUCAUUAGUUACUUUACCAGACUGGAGAAAAAACUCAGAAUAUGUCAAACAGUGUUUCUAUGACAAACACAAUAACCUGAUUUGUGACUGGACAAGCAUCCUUCGAACAACAGAGGAUAGUCUGCCGAAUAUUUUAGAGAGUGGUGCAUUGGACCAAGGCGAGGCCUGUCUAGAGUUCUGGUACUUGGCCCCGGUUGCAGCCAAUGGGUCUGAACUCCGAGCUCUGCUCAAAAGUAGUGCUGGUUUGCAAGAAAUCUGGACCUCACCUGCCCUGCCCAGAUCUUCUUGGAGACAAGUCUUUGUGCCUCUAAAUAUCAUCGUAUCAGGAACUCAGGUUGUACUUGAAGUAGUCGAAGCAGAGUCAAAGGAAGGACAGGUCACAUUUAACCGGAUAGGUAUAAGAAGAGGCUCAUGUGGGUAUCAGUGUGAUUCCAACACAGAGUUAUGGACAGAUGAGUCCACCCGCUGUCUCUGCUCUGCUGGCCAGCUCUACUGCUCCCCCUCUCAGUGCCCUAAGGGCCAAAUCUGUGGUCCUCAAAGAGAAAGCUCCAGGGGGACUUUCACUGCAGGGACGUGCACUAUACACAGUGACACAGACUGCAGCACUUUUGAUGGAGUGCUGUUCCGCUUCAUGGCCCCCUGCACCUACAUGCUGGCUAAGACCUGCUCACCCACUGAAACUCUGCCCAUUUUCAGUGUGGAAGUGGUCAAUGAGCAUAGUGGGAACUCAUCUUUGCCAACUGUUCAGCAGGUCAUUGUGAAAAUGGCCGAAUUCAGUGUGCACCUGCUGAAAAGGCAGACACACCGGGUUGUGGUCAAUGGGAUAUGGAGGAAGCUUCCACUGAACCUCAGCAGUGGCACAGUCACCAUCAAGAGCAAUCCGGCUUCUGUUGUACUGGGAACCAGUUUUGGGCUUUUUGUCUCAUAUGAUAAUGCUGGUGCUGUACAUAUCACACUGCCUCCCACUUACUCUGAUAAAAUGUGUGGCUUAUGUGGCAAUUUUAACAACAUAGGAAGAGAUGACUUCAGAAAGCCCAAUAGUACAGAUUCCAGUGACAGAACAGAUUUGGCUGAGAGCUGGCAAGCCGAAGGGACCACAUCUUCAUGCGAAACCAUUCUGGUACCUCACCAGUGUGACCCACUGGAAGAGGCUAAGUAUGCCGGUGAGUUGCAUUGUGGAGGCCUCCUCUCUAGUGCUGGACCCUUUGCUGCCUGCCUAGCAGUUCUGGGAGCAGAAAGCUACUUCAGGAGCUGUGUGGCAGGCAUGUGCUCUACUCAUGGUGACCCAGGGGUGCUUUGUGAGACACUACAGGUCUAUGCUGAUAUCUGCCAGGAGGCUGGAGUUACUGUACCCAUUUGGAGGAACUCCACAUUCUGCCCUGUUCAGUGUGGUGAGAACAGCCACUUUAGCUCAUGUGCAGAGGGUUGCCCAGAUGUAUGCUCCAGUCAGGACUUAGCUGGGCCCUGCGGAAGCUGUGUGGAAAGAUGCGAGUGUGACUCUGGCUUUAAACUCAGUGGGGGGAAGUGUGUCCCAGCAGAGGACUGUGGGUGCUGGUCUAAUGGAAAACACUACGAGAAAGGAGAAACAUUGGUGGAAGGAGAGUGUAUGCAGCAGUGCCAGUGCAUGGGCAGUAAUAAUGUGCAGUGCACUACAAUGCAAUGCGCAGUCAAUGAGGUCUGUAAGGUCAAAGAUAGCGUCAAAGGCUGCUUUCCUUUCAUGCCUGCCACUUGCAGCGUAUAUGGUGAUCCACACUACAUCACCUUUGACGGGUUGGCUUAUGACUUUCAAGGCGGAUGCAGUUACACACUGACUACCACAUGUGGAGGUGAAAGCUCAGUCCAGUUCUCUGUGACUGGACACAACAUGCACCCUCUUCUUCAGAACUUCACCCGGUCCAAGCUGGAAGCUGUGACUCUUGAAGUUGAGGAUUUGCACCUCACUCUGAAUCAGAGUGGAAGGGUGAAUCAUGGCCGUGUUCAACUCCCCUAUUCCACCAAUGGUACUUAUGGCUCAAUAUGGGUUUACAUGAGGAACAGCUACAUUAUCUUGGACACAACCUUUGGCCUCAGAAUAAUGAUAGAUGGGAAGAACAGACUGUUCCUACAGGUGGAUGAGAGCUACAUGUAUGAACUGUGUGGACUCUGCGGUACCUACUCUAAAAAGCAGGACGAUGACUUCCUACAAGGCCAAAAUUAUACUGACCCCUUUGAGUUUGGUGACAGCUUUAGGGUGCCAGCUAAUAAUGAGUGUAUUGUCUAUCCAAAUGAUCCCAGAGUCUGUGAUUAUGAGGAAGAGAACGAGGCCUACAUUGCAUGUAAUGCUCUCCUGGGGGAAGCUUUCACGCCUUGCAAUGAACCAAUUCACCCUACCACCUACAUAAAUAGUUGUGUGUAUGACUACUGUGCAACAAGUGGUGACCAACACACCUUAUGUGAAUCUCUGGAGUCCUAUGCAGCAGCAUGUAAUGUUGCAGGAGUUGAGCUGCCCAACUGGCGGAAUAACACAGUUUGUGCUGAACCCCCAACCACUGCAACUCUCCCAACAACUCCAACUCCUACCUCUCCCACAUCAGAUCAGACUUGUAAGAGCAUUCAGGGUUGCGAAGUCUGUCCCUUGAACUGCAACUUUGAAAAAAAUCUGUGUGGGUGGGAACAACUUGUACAGGACAGUUUUGAUUGGACAAGACAUUCUGGCCCCACUUCGUCAGACCUAAGUGGGCCGAACCAAGACCACACCACUGGUGUGGGCUUCUACUUGUACAUUGAGGGAAACCGUAUAACCCAUGGAGACUCAGCCCGUCUGCUGAGCCCACAGUGCUAUUAUGAUGGCCCGCUCUGCCUGAACUUCUGGUACCAUAUGUAUGGUUCGGCCAAAUCCAUGGCACUCAAUAUCUACCUGCUCAAAAACAAUAAAGCUACCAAGCUUUGGUCCAUGAUGAAUGACCAAGGACCGGAAUGGUAUCAAGGCAAAAUAGACAUCACAGACACUGGUGCUGGUCCAUUCCAAAUCAUAGUAGAGGGAAUUCGAGGCUCCAACGCUCUAUCAGAUGUUGCCAUAGAUGACAUGUCCAUUAACUCUGGCUCAUGCUCAGGUAUCUUCCCUGGGGUGGCCAGCGGAACUAAAUUGCCUCCAACUACUGCAGUCCUCCCCUCACUCACAGUCUGCAAUCUCGACUGUAGCUUCGACAGCAACCUUUGCAGCUGGGAUCAAACGAUCACAGAUGCUUUUGACUGGACAUGGCAGAGUGGUUCUACGCCCACCCUUAUGACUGGGCCUUCUGCUGACCAUACUGGCGAUGGUCAUUAUCUUUACAUUGAGGCCAGCAGUGUUACACAUGGAGACACGUCUCGUCUACUGAGCUCAGAGUGUUCGAUCUCUGGUCCUCAGUGUCUGCAGUUCUGGUACCAUAUGUACGGCACAGCUGAUACAAUGGGCCUCCAUGUAUAUUUGCUCCAGGACAGAAAGACUGAAGCUGUCUGGUGGAAGAGGAAUGAUCAAGGAAAUAUGUGGCACCAGGCUCAGGUGGACCUGACAACAACUGGAUCAUUUCAGAUAAUUUUUGAGGGGCGAAGAGGUUCCAAUGAUCAGUCUGAUGUGGCCAUAGACGAUGUAUCACUUCAUCACGGGCACUGUGAAGACCUGGUUCAGCGAACAACCCCUGCUGCCUCUAGUCCAGUUACGACUAAAAGUCCUGAUCCUCCUGCAGCCAACAGUUCAACAGCAAUACAGCCAUUAACAUCAACAACACCAAAACCACAGCCACAAACAACAGCUAGACCACAACCUCCGACUGAAACUCAGCCCCAGCCACAUACAACAACUAGACCACAACCUCCAACUGAAACUCAGCCCCAGCCACAUACAACAACUAGACCACAACCUCCAACUGAAACUCUGCCCAAGCCACAAACAACAACUAGACCAGAUCCUCCAACUGAAACUCAGCCCCAGCCACAAACAACAACUAGACCUGAUCCUCCAACUGUAACUGAGCCCCAGCCACAAACAACAACUAGACCAGAUCCUCCAACUGUAACUGAGCCCGUGCCACAAACAACAACUAGACCACAACCACCGACUACUAGACCACAACCUCCGACUGAAACUCAGCCCAACCACAAACAACAACUAGACCACAUCCUCCAACUGAAACUGAGCCCCAGCCACAAACAACAACUAGACCACAACCACCGACUACUAGACCACAACCACCGACUGAAACUCAGCCCCAGCCACAAACAACAACUAGACCACAUCCUCCAACUGAAACUCAGCCCAGGCCACAAACAACAACUAGACCAGAUCCUCCAACUGAAACUGAGCCCCAGCCACAAACAACAACUAUACCACAACCACCGACUACUAGACCACAACCACCGACUGAAACUCAGCCCCAGCCACAACCAACAACUAGACCACAUCCUCCAACUGAAACUCAGCCCAGGCCGCAAACAACAACUAGACCACAUCCUCCAACUGAAACUCAGCCCAGGCCACAAACAACAACUAGACCAGAUCCUCCAACUGAAACUGAGCCCCAGCCACAAACAACAACUAUACCACAACCACCGACUACUAGACCACAACCACCGACUGAAACUCAGCCCCAGCCACAACCAACAACUAGACCACAUCCUCCAACUGAAACUCAGCCCAGGCCACAAACAACAACUAGACCAGAUCCUCCAACUGAAACUGAGCCCCAGCCACAAACAACAACUAGACCACAACCACCGACUGAAACUCAGCCCCAGCCACAACCAACAACUAGACCACAUCCUCCAACUGAAACUCAGCCCAGGCCACAACCAACAACUAGACCACAUCCUCCAACUGAAACUCAGCCCAGGCCACAAACAACAGCUGGACCUCAACCUCCAACUGAAACUCAGCCCAGGCCACAAACAACAACCUCACUCUACAACAACUAGACCUCAACCUCCAACUGAAACUCAGCCCCAGCCACAAACAACAACUAGACCACAACUUACAACAACUAUUCAACCACAUCCACCGACAAAUAGACCUCACCCUACAACUACAACUAAACCACAAACUACAACAACAGCUAAACCACAGCCACCAUCUACACCUGUACCAACGCCCUCUUGCCCAGAGAACAGUCAUUACACCACAUGUAUCAAUGCCUGCAGUCCAACCUGUACACAUUUGCAUGGUGCACCACACUGCACAGACAAUGAGGCUUGUGUGCCGGGAUGUACUUGUGAUGAUGGCUAUGUGCUGAAACAGCGGGUUUGUGUGCCUAUCCAACAGUGUGGAUGUGUGGACAGUGAUGGCCGCAAAUAUCGUUUCAAUGAAGAGUGGUACACCAAUCACUGCAGUCAGAAAUGUGAAUGUGAGAGACAUAAUGGCAUGGGAAGGAUUGAUUGCGAUGACGAGGAUGAGUGUGAUGGAAAUGCUGUCUGCCUUCAAAAUGAGGAAGGCCAUUAUGACUGCCAGUCGACAGGCUUCGAAGAGUGCACUAUCAAGGGAGACCCUGAGUACAGAACCUUUGAUAACAUGAAGCACGACUUUGAUGGUGAGCACUCAUAUGUGCUGGUCCAGACCAACAACUUGCCAAAUAAUUUUCCUGAGGUCUACAUUCAAGGUAUCAAUACACAGACUGAAGAUGAUGAGGAUGAUAGUCAUCAUGAUGACAGUAGCAGUGAAGAAGACAGUCGCAGUGUCAGAGAUGAUGACGAUGAUGAUGACGAUGAUGAUGACAAGGACCACCACAGAUUACAUGAGCUUUUGAUCAGAGUAUACAAUCAUACUGUGCAGUUCAAGAGGAAUCGGAAGCUGGUCCUGGAUGGAAAGAGAACUAAAACUCCUGUUUCACCAAAUGCCGGUCUAAGUAUCCGAGAGCAUUCCUCUCGCAUCCACCUGAAGACCGACUUUGGCCUCUCAGUGGAGUUUGAUGGAAACAGUAGAGCAGAAAUCAUUUUACCACGCCUAUACAGAAGAAAGGUGGGGGGUCUGUGUGGGAACUUUGACGGUAAAGGGAGGAAUGAUCGGAUGAAGCCAGACGGCACCAUGGCCAAGACUGUUCAAGAAUUUGGAGAGAGCUGGAGAGUGUAAACAUCAGAUUGAUGAAAGGAUGAGACAUGGCACUGAAAAAAAUAUUAUUUUGACCACAAGGAGUGACAUAACUUUGUUUACAAGAAAACUCCACAAUAAUAAUAUCUGACACCUUUAAAUUUUGAAUUUGAUUUGAAAAUGAAUGCUUUUUUAAUAAAAAUAGACCUCCUGUUCACUAUA